AUGAAUGAUGUCAAUGAAAAUGGAGAAAUAGAGGGUGCCAAUGUUUCUGAAGAUGACCCAUUUGAUGAGGAGGACUGGAUGAGGGGACCUAAUAUUGGGAGAGAACUUGAUUCAAUGACUCGCUCGAGGAAAGGCAAACUUCCUUUGGUUAUUGAACCGGGGAAGAAAAGACUGAACUCAGUGAUGAUUGCUGCAAAAUUUGAAACUAAGUGCAACAUUGCAGUAAGGAACCAUGUUCCGAUAUUUCCACAUUGGAAGGAGUACAAGAAACAUCCUAAGAUCAUCAAGGGGUACACAGACAGAGUUGGUACAAUAUUUCAUACGGAUGUAAAGGCAGCACCUAUGAAAAAAGGCAUGUGUGGCUAUGAUGAAGAAAGCUAUUCGCCAGUAGUGCUACAAGCUCAAAAAGAGGUGACUUGUGAGAAGAAUGUAGAGAACAGAAGCAAAGUGCAGUUCCAUUAG